AUGACGGUGUCGAUUGAUAAUGCGGUCAGAUGGAUGGUCCUCAAGAGCAUCCAGAGUACUAACCGUAUCAAGAGUAUGACGCUCGCUGACGGUGACGGUGACGGUGACGACCAGACGAGUGUCAUCAAGGGAAUGGUCAGGGACUACACCAUCCGAAACUGUUGGAUAGGUAUGGCCUCAUCCAUCCAUCCAAUUCCAUCGUGUCAGUCUCCUUUGAGAAAGGAUCGUCUUUCGCUAUCGACUCCGAUCGGCGACAUCCAGAUCCAUCCCAGGUCAUGUCAAAUCCUUGUCCUCAUGGCAAACCUGUAG